AAAAGCAUCUAAGUCGAUACAUAAACUGCUUUGUGUAAUACACAAGAAAUAAAAUUCAAGUGGCUUCCUGGAUUUACAUUUCAACGUACAAGUACUUACCAUAUCCACCUAACGAACUAAAACGACUUUUCAGCCGUGACCCUUCGUCUUUAUAAGGCUGUGUUAAUUGACACAUUCUUGUAAACAAGCCCAAGUACAGUAUACAGCCAUAAAGUACAGGAUAAGAUUUUAGAGAGAGAGAGCGGGGGAGAGAGAGAAAACAAUGGCGCCGUGGAUUCGGGUGUUGGUCAUGGUGGCUUUUCUAUACCCGAUAUUAGCGGAAUGCAGGAUUCGACAUUACAAGUUCAACGUGGUGUUGAAAAAUACGACGAGGCUAUGUGCAUCUAAGCCCAUUGUGACUGUUAACGGGCGGUUCCCCGGUCCAACUCUGUACGCAAGGGAGGACGAUACCGUGCUUGUGAAGGUCGUCAAUCAUGUCCAAUACAAUCUCAGCAUUCACUGGCAUGGGAUAAGGCAAUUGCGGACUGGUUGGGCCGAUGGGCCGGCAUACAUAACACAAUGCCCAAUUCAACCCAGGCAACAGUAUGUUUACAACUUCACCAUCACUGGGCAAAGGGGCACUCUUUUAUGGCAUGCCCAUAUCCUCUGGCUCAGGGCCACUGUUCAUGGCGGCAUCGUCAUCUUGCCCAAGCCUGGUGUUCCGUACCCAUUCCCAAAACCUGACAAAGAAGUGGUGGUUGUAUUGGGUGAAUGGUGGAAAUCGGAUGUUGAAGCCGUGAUCAACGAAGCUAAGAAAUCAGGGCAGGCCCCAAAUAUUUCUGAUGCUCACACCAUCAAUGGCCAUCCAGGACCUGUCAAAAACUGCUUAUCACAAGGAUCGACGUCUAGAUUGUCAGUGGAACCAAGCAAGACGUAUAUGUUGAGAAUCAUCAACGCUGCACUAAAUGAGGAGCUCUUUUUCAAGAUCGCCGGCCACCAGCUCACGGUGGUGGAAGUUGACGCCACUUAUGUCAAACCAUUCACAACGGACACAAUCCUCGUAGCCCCAGGCCAAACCACAAACGUUAUCCUAACAGCCAACCUUAGUCCGGGCAAGUACUUGGUUGCGGCUUCACCUUUCAAUGACGCACCGGCCAUUGCAGUUGACAACAAAACUGCCACCGCCAUAUUACACUAUUCCGGCCGCCUAUCCACCGCUGCCACUAAACUCACCGCCCUGCCUCCCAAAAACGCCACCCCUGUCGCCACAAACUUCACCAACCUCCUCAGGAGCCUAAACUCAAAACAAUUUCCGGCCAACGUCCCUUUAAUGGUUGAUCAUAGCCUGUUUUUCACGAUUGGUCUUGGCGUCAACCCUUGUUCCACUUGUGUUAAUGGGAGCAGAGUGGUGGCAGAUAUGAAUAAUGUCACUUUUGUUAUGCCCAAAAUCGCCCUACUUCAAGCGCAUGUCUUUAACAUAAAGGGCGUUUUCACCGACGAUUUUCCUGGAAAUCCGUUGAUAGCAUACAAUUAUACGGGCACUCAACCGACGAAUUUGAGGACGAGGAAAGGGACAAGGCUGUACAGGCUUGCCUAUAAUUCUACUGUGCAGCUAGUGUUGCAGGACACUGGGAUGCUUACCCCCGAAAACCAUCCAAUUCAUCUCCAUGGCUUCAAUUUCUUUGUUGUUGGAAGGGGAAUAGGAAAUUUCAAUCCAAAAACGGAUCCGAAGAGUUUUAAUCUUGUUGAUCCUGUCGAAAGGAACACGAUCGGAGUCCCAUCUGGUGGGUGGACAGCCAUCCGAUUCAGGGCCGAUAACCCAGGGGUUUGGUUCAUGCAUUGUCAUCUGGAGGUGCACACAACAUGGGGGCUUAAAAUGGCAUUUUUAGUUGACAAUGGCAAAGGCCCAAAUGAGUCUGUCUUGCCACCUCCAAGCGACCUUCCCAAGUGUUAACAGUGAAUUCCCAUUUUGCCAAUAUACAUAAAAAUCUCAUCCAAUCUGUAUCACUCAGGCCCACAUUUGCAAGGGAUUUUGCUUCAUAAAAAACUAGAAGAAAAGAAGGGAACAGAGGAAACAGAGUUUCCUUUAGGUAGGCAAACUAGCUGCUUAGAGUUUAUAAUAAAACCAGCCCCAACUAUUAUGGUUUUAUUGUUUUGUCAUGGGCUAUUUGUUGAGUGUAUGUAUUCAAUAAUUCCAUAGUGUAUUGCUAAUUUAAAUUUGCCAAGGAUUUUCAAGAACACGGAACUGGGAAUCCUGUAGUGCACUGCAGGGGUGAGUGGCACAAUUCAAGCCGUUCAAAAGUUUAAACGACUGUAAAUGCAUUGGAACAAAGGUUGAUUUGGUUU